CCAUACAUUUGAUUAUUUAUUAUCAAGUCAGCUCUUUAAAAAUCAGCCUUUUACAAGUUUUUACAAAACAAGUUAUUACAAGUUAGGUUACUACAAAUCAAGUGUCUAUAAGUUAGAUUUUUACAAUUUUCUAGAAUUGAUUGUACUUAUUCGAAGAAAUAUGGAUCUUUUAACAUUUAUUGGGCUGAUCUAUGUUUGUUAUAUUCUUGCCAUUCUCAUUUAUCCUUGGUGCAUGGAUUGUAAUUUAGAACUUGCUUUAUUAAGCAAAUUUGGAAAAUCUAUUGAUACAUUGAAAGGUAAAGUUGUCUGGAUAACUGGAGCUUCCAGUGGAAUUGGAGAACACUUAGCAUACGUAUUAGCAAAAGCUGGAUGUAAAUUAAUAUUAUCUGCUAGAAGAGAGUCACUAUUACAAAAUGUUAAGAAAGUUUGUUUACAAGAAAAUGCUGACUUGAAAGACGAUGAUGUGCUAGUACUUACAUUAGAUGUUUGUAAUAUGAACUUACAUCAGGAAGCAUUUGAUACAAUUAUUAAACAAUUUGGCAAGCUUGACAUAUUGAUUAAUAAUGCAGGACGAAGUCAAAGAGCACAUUGGGAAAAUAUUGAGCUAAGUGUGGAUAGAGAAAUAUUUGAAUUGAAUGUGUUUUCAUACUUAUCAUUAUCUCGUAUAGUAAUGAAAUAUUUCUUACAAAAUAAUCUCGGUCAGAUUAUAGUUAUAUCUAGUUUAAGUGGAAUUUUUCCAGCUCCUUACUCAGCAAGUUAUACUGGUAGCAAAUACGCAUUGCAUGGUUAUUUUGAUUCCUAUCGUGUAGAAAAAUAUGGCAAAAAUUUUCCUUCUGUCACUAUAAUAUGCCCUGGACCAAUUCAAACAAACUUUCUAGCAGAAGCUUUCACAGAAAAAUCAGGAGAGAAAUUUGGAAUAGAAACAGAUAAAGCCAGUAAUAAGGUUAGCGCAGAACGUUGCGCUGAUUUAUCAGCAUUUGCAAUCGCAAACAAAGUUUCUGAGGCAUGGAUUUCACAACCGUCUAUAUUAUUCGUGGCAUAUUUAAUAAAAUAUUUUCCAAAUAUGGGUGAAUGGUUUAUAAAGUUCAUGGGUAAACAAUAUUUAAAGAAGCUACGAGAUGCCAAAAAUGCAAAUAAAUUGUAACAAUUGUUUGGAUUUUUUAAUGCAUAAUAUGCAAUAUAUUAUUUUUAUAAAAAUAAAAGGAUUAUAUUAUGUAUAAUAUGAUAUUAUGUA